AAUUGGUUGGCUUAAAGCAUAGUAGAGAGCUUUGAAUGCUGGCUGGCAUGGGUUAUCUGCAUGCGGGAAUGAGAGGGCCAUUCCUUCUUCCAGGACUCUUCAUUCUGCUGAGUUUGCCAGGAGUCAUGGUUCAGAAAGCCAAAAGUACCUGUCCUCCGUGCCCAGAAAAUGCUUUCUGCACCAGUACCACAUAUUGUAUCUGCAACUCUGGAUACCUUUCUCAAUCUGGGGAGAAAGAUCUCAAGUAUCCCUUGGAUACAUGUGAAGAUGUUAAUGAAUGUAAACCACCCAUUAGUAUAUAUUGUGGAGCAAAUGCUGCAUGCCAGAAUACUAAAGGAAGUUUCUACUGUCUCUGUGACCUUGGAUAUAAACUCCUCUCUGGGUAUACACAGUUCAUGGAUUCCAGUGAGAACACUUGUCAAAAGAUCACCUCCUCAAACACAACCAAAGGCAAUACAGAGCUACAACGGUUUGCUGAAGAUUUGGAGUCACUGCUCACCAACAACACUCUGUGGGGAAUUGAAGAAAAGAGAGAAGUUGCAUCCAAUGUCACAGCUAUUCUGCAGAUGGUGGAAUCAACUGUUCUAGAAACUGUCUUGAAAGCCCCAGACCAAGAAAUCCAGAAAAUUCAAAACAGUGCUGUGGCUAUUGAAAGUCGAGUUGUUACAGACAAUUGCUCCAAGGAAAGAAAGAUCUUCAACCUCAACGUCCAAAUGAACUCACUGGACAUUGAUUGCAAUGACAUCAUCCAGAGAAACAUACAAGGUCCCAGUGCAGUUGCCUUUAUUUCGUACUCUUCUCUUGGAAAUAUCAUAAAUGCAACUUUUUUUGGUGAGAUGACUGAGAAAGAUCAAGUGUACCUGAACUCCCACAUAGUAAGCGUUGCUACUGGACCCAAAAGGAGUAUCUCUCCCUCCAAGGCCGUGAUUCUGAGUUUUCAGCACAUAAAGAAGAUGAAACACCUGAGCCAAAACGUCACGUGCGUCUUCUGGAAAAGCACGGAGGAGGGUGGCCACUGGUCGCGGGAGGGCUGCACGCUGGCCCAGGUGAACAAGAGUCACACCACGUGCAACUGCACUCACUUGUCCAGUUUCGCUGUCCUCAUGGCCAUCACCAGCCAGGAGGAAGAUCCCAUCCUGGAUGUGAUCACCUAUGUGGUGCUGAGCCUCUCUCUGCUGUGCCUUUUCCUGGCGGCCCUCACCUUCCUGCUGUGCAAAGCUAUCCAGAACACCAGCACCUCCCUCCACCUUCAGCUCUGCAUCUGCCUCUUCCUGGCCCACCUGCUCUUCCUCACGGCCAUCAACAGAACAGAGCCCAGGGUGCUGUGCGCCAUCAUCGCAGGUGCCUUACACUACCUCUACCUGGCCUCCUUCACCUGGAUGCUGCUGGAGGGCCUGCACCUCUUCCUCACUGCACGCAACCUGACGGUGGUCAACUACUCCAGUGUGAACAGAUUCAUGAAGUGGCUCAUGUUUCCGAUCGGCUAUGGAGUCCCGGCUGUGAUUGUGGCCAUUUCUGCAGUGUCCCGGCCUCACCUUUAUGGAACACCUGAUCGUUGCUGGCUUGACCUGGAACAAGGAUUCAUCUGGGGUUUCCUUGGCCCUGUCUGUGCCAUUAUCUGUGUGAAUUUAGUAUUCUUUUUCUUGGUCCUUUGCAUUUUGAAGAGAAAACUCUCCUCCCUCAACAGUGAAGUGUCAACCAUCCAGAAUAUAAGGAUGCUGACACUGAAAGCUAUAGCUCAGCUCUUCAUCCUGGGCUGCACGUGGUGUCUGGGAGUCCUGCAGCUGGGCCCAGCUGCCUGGGUCAUGGCCUAUCUCUUCACCAUCAUCAAUGGCCUUCAGGGUGUCUUCAUUUUCCUAGUGUACUGUCUCCUCAACCAGCAGGUUCAAAAAUGGUUUGGAAACAUCGUGAAACCUAAAUCUGAGUCUGAAACUUUUACACUUUCCAGCAAGUUUGGCCCUUACUCUAAGCCCAGUGAGAACACAUGAAGAGAAAAUAGUAAAACUAGAGCAUUCAACUUCACGUGAAAAGUCAUAUCCAUGGAUCUGGUUGGCAUUGUGAAGAAUGAAGCUGAAAACAAAAGAAAUUAUACACAUUAUUCUUGGAGAAGAAAUGUUUAAUCUAUACUUCCUGAAGGGUUUAUUAUGCAUAAUGGCUUUCAAUACAUGUAUUUUGA